GUAUAUUAUAAAUAUAGCCUCUAUACUUAGCCUCUGGUGUGUGCAGAGCAGAGGGGAGAGGUGCGUGCCCGACUCUGGCGGUGCAUCUUUGAGCUUCAUCACGCUACAUCCAUCUCUCUGCCACGAGGCCUGAUGAGACACUGCAGAACUAACAAAGAUAUCCGGACCGUGACAGACACACUGCGGUAGAGAUGGACGGACGGCGGAGAGACAGACAGUGAUGCGUCUGGGAAGAAACUCAAAGACAAGGCAGUCAGUCAUUGUGGGACAGACCAGUAGGCAACAUCUAAGUCAUGCUCCGUCAGUUUGACCAAUGACAACUCUUUCAUCUUCAUUAUUCAUUGUUUUUACGUGAGGAAGGGUUGUCAACCAACUUGAGAAAAGGUGCAAAAUAAAUGAGCUUAAGAAAGGAAAAUGCACAACUCGCAAUUCAAAACGUUUUUAAUUGUGACGGUUUCGGCCGUCCUUGGCCUACAUCUGUGGGAGGCAUGACUGGACUGUGUUGUGAUGAGCGUCUUCAGUUCAGAAGACACUCUGUGGUCCUCAGAGCAGAAGACACUCUGUGGUCCUCAGAGCAGAAGACACUCUGUGGUCCUCAGAGCAGAAGACACUCUGUGGUCCUCAGAGCAGAAGACACUCUGUGGUCCUCAGAGCAGAAGACACUCUGCGGUCCUCAGAGCAGAAGACACUCUGCGGUCCUCAGAGCAGAAGACACUCUGCGGUCCUCAGAGCAGAAGACACUCUGCGGUCCUCAGAGCAGAAGACACUCUGCGGUCCUCAGAGCAGAAGACACUCUGCGGUCCUCAGAGCAGAAGACACUCUGCGGUCCUCAGAGCAGAAGACACUCUGUGGUCCUCAGAGCAGAAGCUAAAUGAAGGAAAAGCAUCUGGUGAUGCAGCCUAAUGAGAAGCAGGUGUAUGAGAGAUGACACACACACACUUCAAUGAAGGGCCUUGAGGAAAGAAGUGCAUGUAAACACACUCAUCUCACACAGUGAGUCCCCUGAGGGACACUAGCUAUAUUCAUAUUAAUACAAAUCACAUAAGCCAAUCUUAAACAUGUUGUAAACUCUGGAAGUAUGGUCUUAAAUGUCAAAUUUGGUAUUGUUUUAUUGAUAUGCUGCAUGUUAAUGGGAGGUGCUAGUUCAGGCUGACCUGCUAAUGUUGGCCAGCGCCCACAGCCACACAGGCUUUUACUGGGAGCACAUUCAAUGACUGCAAACAUGUCGUUUCAGUGUUUCUGUGGUGUUUACGGUUAAAGUUGAAGAAAAAUGCUAAAUUCCUUCACAAGAUGGACAAUAAGGUUUGAAAACACAGAUAUGCUAUAAUUGUGUACUCCCAAUGCCCUGCUCAUAUAAAGUCAAGAUCUCCCACAAUACAGUUUGAUGGGAAAGCCCUGUCCUGGCUGCUAAGACAAUUACUAUAACAAUACACAGUACAUAUAGCUAAGUUCCAAAAAACACAUGAGUAUUUAUUUGAUUUAGCAUCAACUGGGUGAGACCAAGGACCCAAAGCACAGAUAACAUCCACUGAUGUCAUUUCAACUAUGUGAAAAUGUGUGAAUCUGAGAGAGUUCGCCUAGUACUAGUGAGGUACUACGUGUGUGUCAGUCAAGCAAUGAGGAACAAUUGGGAUUGGCAUUUCGGUUAACUUCCUGAUUAACUUCAUAAAAAUGGAAGUGAAACUCCAACCAUGGUAUUUGGAAGAGGGAGAGUGAGGACAUUGUUUGUAUUAUAGGAGUACACAAAUAACCCAAUAUUAAAACCUAUAUGGCUGCAGACAGAAACAUAUGCUAGCAAAACCGCUGGGAUCCAAAUGUGGUUAUAUACAUCCUAAAGGUAUCUAACAAGAAGAGAGAUGGGGAGAAGGGCCUUUUUAACAUGAGACUGGUAUGACCAUAAUGCACCAGGUGUUUCUAGAUAAGACGGUGUGUGCAUAUGAGAGAGAGGUGGUGUGUGUGGGAGUUAGAUAGUGGCGGCAGGGGUAUGCUGUGUGCAGCCAGCCAGUCAGUCAGUCAUGGGAUGAACGAGUGAGACUUGUGUACCCACAGCUGCUUACUGGCUGGAGCCAGAACAGGGGGAGGAGUGUCUCUACCCUGCCUGCUGCAGGGAGAGAGAGGUAGUUAGAGAGAGCAGACCGUGAGAGAAACAAGACUGAAUCCGCUCCACAGAAGAGGGAGAGAAGGAGCAGAAAGAGAGGUAGUUAGAGAGAGCAGACCGUGAGAGAAACAAGACUGAAUCCGCUCCACAGAAGAGGGAGAGAAGGAGCAGAAAGAGAGGUAGUUAGAGAGAGCAGAGCGUGAGAGAAACAAGACUGAAUCUGAUCCACAGAAGAGGGAGAGAAGGAGACUGUGAGAGAAACAAGACUGAAUCCGCUCCACAGAAGAGGGAGAGAAGGAGCAGAGAGAGAGGUAGUUAAGAGAGAGCAGACUGUGAGAGAAACAAGACUGAAUCCGCUCCACAGAAGAGGGAGAGAGCAAAGGAAAGGGACAGAGAGAGAGGUUGGGGUCGCUGCAUCGGUAUGCCUGCUCCUCCUGCUCUCUCAUUUCCACUCCACACGCUGCUGCCUUUCUGAGUAGACCCAGACUCUGUUUGAAAUGCCAAUCACCUCCUUGAGGCUGCGCCUUCAUCUUCAUUCAUUUACAUUUAUUCUCACCUUUCCCUGCGUGAGGGAGACCGGGACUGCCUAAGACAUUCGUGGAGGAUCAUUUCUGCUGAAGUUGCUGUGAAGAAAUUCUGCUCUUUGGACGCAAUCCGCCUGAUCUUUCCGUGUUUGGAGAGGACACAAAGUUUCUGGAAACAUCGAACUCUAUAUCACCUGGAAUAUUUGAGAAUUUGUGACUGCAUUUUUUAGAGACAUACAGGAAUUCCUGUAAGCCAAGACGAUCAAACUUGUUGACCGUUUUCUAUAUUUUCCCUGCUACUCUUGCAGGGCAGGCACAGAGCGCGGCAAGUGUUGUCUAUGUCUUUUCUAAGGAGAGAACCAGAGGAGUAGAAGGAUAGGCUGCCAUAGUAUUUGUCCUCCAUCUGUGUGUGUCUGUAUGAUUGAACCGUCUGUGUCUGCACAGUGAGGGAUGCCCUGGGGGACUCCCAGAUCCUGGUCGAGGGCUAGUCUUCACGUUGCUGCUGAUAUGGCAGAGGGUACACGGCUCCUCUCUCUCGGCCACCAGCCUGAUCUGCUGCUGAGCUAGGACCAGGACUAGGACCAGGACUAGGACCAGGACUACCAGCCCCAGCCAAGCCCCCUGUCUCUGCGUCUAGGACCAGGACUACCAGCCCCAGCCAAGCCCCCUGUCUCUGCGUCUAGGACCAGGACUACCAGCCCCAGCCAAGCCCCCUGUCUCUGCGUCUAGGAUCAGACCAGACAAGGAUCUUUCUGGAGCCUCCUGCCCUCUGUCGGUUGAUUUGGUUUCAGACCAGGAGCUUUCAGAAGGCUCUCUGGCUGCAAGAUGAUGAACUCUUCCCUGGACCUGCUGGAGCUUGAGCUCCUCAACCUGAGCGGCCCUCCUUUCUGCCUCCUGGACGUGGGCUACAGCCAGAUCUUAAACACCUGUCUACUGGAGGUAGCCAUCAUCCUGCUGCUUACCGUCCUCAUCAUCUCUGGCAACCUGGUGGUGAUCUUUGUGUUCCACUGUGCUCCUCUUCUCCAGCACCACACAACCAGUGCCUUCAUCCAGACCAUGGCCUACGCAGACCUGUUGGUGGGUGUCAGCUGCCUCAUCCCCUCCCUGUCCCUCCUCCACCACCUGAAAGGCCUGGACGAGGAGCUUACCUGUAAGGUGUUUGGUUACAUGGUUUCCGUGUUGAAGAGCGUUUCCAUGGCGUCGCUGGCGUGUGUUAGCGUGGACCGCUACAUGGCGAUAACACGGCCUCUGUCGUACGCUACCUUGGCGACGCCGUGCCGGAUCCGCGCGUGCAUCCUCCUCAUCUGGGUCUAUUCCGCCCUUGUCUUCUUGCCCUCCUUCUUCGGCUGGGGGAAGCCCGGCUACCACGGCGACGUGGUGGAGUGGUGCGCGGUGGAGUGGGAGACGAGGCCACUCUUCACAUCGUUCAUUGUGGCGCUGCUCUACGCGCCAGCCGCCAUGACGGUCUGCUUCACCUAUGUCAACAUCUUCCGGAUCUGUCGGCAGCAUACGAGGGAGAUCAGCGAGCGCCGCGCCCGCUUCGGCCCACAGGAAGGCUCUCUGGGACAGGAUGGCCAGCCGCAGCAUGCGCCGGCGUGCACGGACAAACGCUACGCCAUGGUGCUGUUCCGCAUCACCAGCGUCUUCUACCUCCUCUGGCUUCCCUAUAUCCUGUAUUUCCUGCUGGAGAGCGCUGACAUCUACAGUCACCCUGCCGCCUCGUUCAUCACCACCUGGCUGGCUAUCAGCAACAGCUUCUUUAACUGUCUGAUCUAUAGUCUGUCCAACAGUGCCUUCAGGAAGGGUUUAAAACGCCUCUGUUUGUUCUGUGUGCAGCGCGUGGACAGUAAGAAGUCCUUCAGCCCCUCACCAGGGUACGGCCAGGGGCCCAUCUGCACACGCUCCACAUGCCAUGUCUAGGAUCUCCCAGAGAGCCUUGUGGCGGUUGAGUCAGAGUAUCGUGUUGUUAUAGCACUAAGCAUGUCCCAUACUGAUGCUGAGCUAAAGGGAACAGGCUUCACAGGGAGUUGUGUCGCUCCAGAUGCUGCAGAUGCUGCUGUUUCUCGACAGUUGAAGGUUUGUUGGAGUGUUGCGUCCCUGGCCACUGCUGCCACUGACGGGAUCGUCUCCAGGGCCUGAGAGCUGUGAGACCCGCUUGGGAAGUACAGCCAAGGCUCAGCCCCAGCCACGAGAGAGGUGGGAGAGGUGGGAUGUGGAGUUACCCUAACCUUUGACUCCUGAUAUAGAUGACGGCGUUAUGGCUACGUCGUUUCAGCGGGUGAGAGUUGAGGUGACUGAAGACCUCCCUUCUGACAGUACUUGCCAAAAACACAAACUGUAAGAAGAACAUGUUGUUUUAGGGUGUUUUUCUGGGACUCUGUGUCUUCCUAGCAGUCUGGGAAACUAUUUGUAUUUGUGCUACAAUGUAUAGAAUGCAGAAAAGGACUCGCGUUACUUAAAGGUCCAAUGCAGUCAAAAUGAAUUUUUUCCUGUUCCAUUUCCAUUUUAGUAAUUUAGCAGGCGCACUUAUCUAGAGCAAAUUACAAUUAGCAGAUUCAUCUUAAGACAGCUAGGUGAGACAACAACACAUCACAGUCGUAUCAAGUACAUUUUCCCUCAACAAAGUAUCUAUCAGCAAAGUCAGUGCCAGUAAAACACUGUGAGAGUUAUUUAAGAUGCUCUUCAAAGAGGUAGGGGUUCCAGACGUUUCAGAAAGAUGGGCUGUCCUGACUUCGGGGGGAAGCUUGUUCCACCAUUGGGGUGCCAGGACAGAGAAGAGCUUUGACUGAGUUGAGCGGGAACGUCCCUCCCGUAGGGGUGGGAGAGCCAAGAGACCAGAGGUGGCAGAAUGGAGUGCUCGGGUUGGGAUGUAGGGUUUGAACAUAGCCUGACGUUAGGGAGGGGCAGUUCCCCUUGCUCCUCCGUAGGCAAGCACCAGGAUGCCAGUAGAGUGAGUGGGGUUACAAGGAGAACCUAGCAGGGUUGAGCCCCAGGCAGCCUGCGGCAUUUAUAAUCUACUACUAAUACAGUAAGGUACUUAAUUGUUACCCAGAAAUGAUUUGAUGUUAAUAUAAAAAUAGCUGCAUUGGGCCUUUAAAAAAAUGGAGAAACACUUGAUUGCUGCUUUCUUAUGCCUAGCUGAGUGGAGCUGUCAAUAACAACUUAUUUAAAUGUUUGCCCUUGUGGUUUUUACAGAAACAGAUUAUUUACAACAUUGUGCGCUGAGGGGUGCAACAACCUCAAACUCUGAAGAGAAUCUUGUAGGUCUACAUCAUUUAUUUACAUCUGAGUUGUUCUGAGGCAGAGAAAGAGAGGACUUUGUUUAGGUGCUCAAACACCAGGGUUAUUAGUAAAGCCUGACCGAUAUAUUGGUUCACUGAUAUUAUUGGCUGAUAUGGGCUAUUCCACCGAUAAACGAUGUUCAAUGAAUAGGAUGGGGAAAAAAAUAAUCUCAUGCUUUUCUGAAUGAUUGCGGCUGUUCCCAUGAAGUGUUAUUCAUUUCACAGUGUAAGAAAUCAACAUUUGAAGUGUAUUUCUUGGACGGCAAUUUAUGUGGAUAAGAGUAUAUCAGCAGAUAUAUCAGUAAGUUUUGUCACCCCAAAAAUCUGAAUCGUAUCGGAUCCCC